AUGUCUGCUCUCCGAAACAGCCGGACUGCCAGAGUGCAGGUCCGUGGUUUCGCGACCUCGCCGAAUCUUCGAGUCGGACCCGAGUCUCCUCAUUUCAUCGAUGUUCCCCGAAUUCUCCAGCCAAACAACCCGGCCAAGCCCAGAGUGAAGGGUACUCUCCCCGUGCCCCGCGAGCUCUUCCCGGCUCGCCGCGCGGAUAAGCCGCGCAAAGCGUAUCUCGAUGCCGCAACUCCUCUCCCUCAAACCGAGCGCAAGGUGAACCCCAAGAGCAGUGACCCCGAGAAGCAGGCCUUCAAGCUCAAGAUGGCGGUUCUACGGAGACAAAACCUUCGUGAGAGUCUCCGCACCCUCCACCAGCGUAAGACAUCUGCGGAGGAGAUUAUUUUCAACAGAAGUCUCGAAAGCCAAAUCCGACGAGAGCGAAUUUUCCAACAACCUGAGCAAGAAGAUGAACGCCUGACACGAUCAUCGGUUGUGCAGGCGAUGCAGUCAAAGGGACACGCAGUCUUGGCGGACCCGAACCGGGAACAGCGUCUGGCCAUUUCCAAGGCGCGGGUAGAGGCAGCUAAGCAAGAGAAGGACACACAGAAACAAGAUGACCUGCAAGCACUGUAUAUGAAUGCUCGCACCUUCAUCAUCAACGAAGAGCAGCUCGCGGCUGAAAUCGACCGCGUUUUCCCCGAUGGCGAGAACCCAGCCUGGAAGAACGACCACCAGACAGGCGAAAAUAUCUGGAAUAUGGGAACUCCCCUCACCGUGCAAAGCAUCGUCAACCAGACCCGCAGGAGUGAGACUGCUCGCUGGGACGUGAUUCAGGACCGAGUCAAGCAGCUCGGUGAGCAAAUCACCGGUGGCAAGCUGUGA